UACCUGGAAGGUGCUUCCUCACGCGGGGGUGGAAUGUGUUCAAGAAUGAUGGCCAACUUUCAAGUUCAACGAUGAGACUGGGGCAAAGAUCAAGCUGCAAUAUGUGGCUGCCAACGGCACUGUUUUCCAGACGUAUCAUUUCGACUACCGAGACUGCGAUGUGGAGAAACUAGACACGUGGUCCUGCCAGUUGUUUCUAUCAUGGGCGAUGUCAUGAUACGAAAUCUAGACUACGCCAAUCGGGACGAGGCCUUCAACAAUUGGGACUAUUUAAGUGAGGGCUACACGGCGCCGUAUCUUGUGGAUGUUUGUAACACGGCGCCAGACCUUGUGGAUGGUUGUAUUGUCCGAACACAUGAUUGUGGAGGCAAGAAAGCGUCGCUCUGCAUCAUGGCACUCGAACAGCAGGAGCACUUUCUUUCUUUUGCUGGAAAAAGCAAAUCCAGCAGCGACAAAGAUGACUCGAACAUCGGGGAUCACGUUUUCGAGCUUAAAUUAAGUGACACCGCGUUAUCGAUCCCGAAGAACCGUCAGAUGCUUUCUAUCAAGAUAGCUUACACCCUCCUGUGCGGCGAAUCCAUCGUGCCUCCUCAAGUUUCGCCAAAAGAUAUUUCCGAAAUCCUCUACAGCACUUAUGAGUCGCAAUUCAUCACUGAAUAUCCCGAGCUAGACUUCUGUUUGAGAAGAAACUUAGAACACAUACUGUCUGUGUGCAGUAUCCCAGUCGGGGAUGGAGAACCGCCUGCCAUUGCUCUCACAUGCGGUGACAUCGAUGGUCAUCGCGUUGGUACGGUAGCUAGCUUCUACGCGUUUGAGCUUCUAUUACUGGCGUGGGAUCAUUUCCAACGCCGGAUACGCGAAGUAUCAACCCUCGAACACGAUGAGAAGCCUUCCCGCGCAACGAGACUACCUUACAUUCACAAGAUGGCAUAACGCAUCGAAAGGGUAUGCAGAGGACAUGUAAAAUGGCUUUUGGAACGAGCCAACAGAGAGGAGGGGCUCUUUUGUGCGGGUUAUUGGGUAAACGGCGACAAAGUUGAGGAUACCGACAACUUCCUUGCCAACAUUCCCUUCCAGAUUAUCAAGAUUGGAGACUUCUACGACGUAUUUGGGGGUCCAGUGCAGAAUCGCGGGGUUAUCCCACAGGUUGUCAACGCAUGGAUCAAAA